AUUUCUAGUAAUCAAAGAAAUCAUGCUAAAAAUAGAAAUAUUCACUUAAAAUUGGUUAAUUUUAUAAGAAGGGUAUAGUUAAAAUUAUAUCAUAUGCUACCCAAAAAAUCUUUAAUCUUCAUAAACAGUUAUUGCCCUGUGUGAGUCCUGCUUUUUUUACAUACAUAAAAGUGCAUGCAUACCCAUUAUCCAUAAAAUGAAAUCAGAACAACUACAUCACACAAAAAGUGGUCUUCUAUAUGGGAAACUUUAAUCCACUACAUAAAUUAUAUCAUUUUGUUGCCGUCCCUUGGCAAAAAUGUUGUGAAUGUGGCAAGUACUUUGGCAAAGUGGAGCAAAAAGUAAAUCAGCUAGAAUGCCAUCCUAGUCAUGUCCUAAUUCUGUGGUGUGUUUAUUUGAAAGUAAGGCCUAUACUCUUUUAGCUAAAGACUUGAUGACUUGCAAAUGUAACUAUUGCUGCUUCAAAAUUCCCUAGCUAUGUAUCUUUUUCUAACUGAUCUUUAUAUUAUACAAUUUGAUCUAUAAAAAAAUAUAGAUUUAACUUUACCAAAUUUUGUAAUACUUCAAAGGUUUCUUUUUUGUGGGCAAGUCAAUGAAAUUGAAAGUACUAUUUUUCAUUCACAAAUGAGUUGGGCUACUUUAGAAGUUAUUGCACGAAUUUUGUUCCCAAAGGCAAGAGAGCUAGCUCUCGUAUAUACCCAUGUUUUGAUUCCAAUGGAAUGCCAAAUGUUUGUGCUCACUUCAACAAUUUUUUGUAUAUUCUUUUUUGUGAUUGCUUUCAUACAUGACUAAUAAUUACAUGUUACUACAGAGAAAACAAGAAAAAAAAUUCUUUUGUGUGAUUUUUUUUAAUGGGUCUAUUUUGAAUUUAGAUAUUCAAUUACGUAAAGCACAAUAUGGAUGAUGACUUUGGUGGUCCAUUUAUGGGUUGCAAUUCGCAGGACUCGCAUGUUAAAUUUUUAAUCAAAGCUGAUUCUGUAAUUUCCGAAACUGUUUCAACAAUGAAGGGAUAUUAUUUGAAACAACUAGUAACAGGUUGUACAGAUGUUGGCAACAUUAGAGAGGAAGAAAUCAAUUUUGAUAAAUACAAGAAUACUGUCUGUCCUUUGUGUGGUGCAUGUUAUGGACCUGCAACUGUAAAAUUUAAAAUAAUACCGAAAAGAAAGAAAUCAAAGAAAAGAAAAGAUAAGAAAAAGCAUAAUGUGUAUUCUGGUGCUCAGCACAUUACUAUUAUAUGUUUACGAUGCAGUUAUAAAAAUAUGGUGCCUUGUCGUAAAUCUAACAAGUGCAGAAAAAAUCAAAACAAACAGCAUGCUUCCAAGAAAAUCCUGUUUGUUGAAACUCCAAGAAUAAAACAGGAAAGAGAAAAUCAAAACAAUAGCUCUUUGGUGGUUAAUAGUGCAGUCAAAUUGUUAGGUAACAGCAUACUGAAAACACCUGACAUCUUCCACGACAGUUCCUUGUUAUCUUUGUCAAGGUCAGCAAAAAAGAGAAACCAUACAAAGCCUGGGUCAUCCACACCUUUGUCGGCUGACAGAAGCAGUGGUUUAAAAAACUCUGCAUUAUUGUCAUUUUUAGGUUCAUUGUGAUAUUCUUUGUGAGGUAUAUUACUUUCACUACAACACAA